AUGCGCCUUGAACUAGUUCUUGAAGCAGAUGCCAAUGCGCACUCCUACCGGCCGGGGGAUCGCGUACGGGGAGAGUUGCUGAUCUGGGGCCACAGGCUCAAACAGUUAUCAGAAAUCACUGCCAAACUUCAAUGUAGACUAAGUUUCCACUCCAACAAGCGUCAAAGCGGUGGAACCUCUUCCUCUGCGUACACGGGCUCCCCAUGCAACAAGUCAGAUCAUGUCGUACAUACACUAUUUGAACAAUCCAAGCAGAUCAAACUUACCACGAAAAGCUCGACCUUCAACCCACCAAGUUACAAGCAUGACGCCGACUACUACGCCCCCUUUGACUUCACCUUUCCGGUCAGCAGCUGCCAAUGCCGUUGCCAGCUACCGCCGUCACUCGAGAGAUCGUCGUCCGGACACAGAAUCAAGGUCGAAUAUGCCAUUAUCGUGACGAUCAGACAACGACUGCUCUGUCGAGUAUCGAAAGUCAAAACUCUACGCCAAGUCAUAUCCUUCGAAUCGGAGCCUUUGAUCACCGUCUUACCAACUUCAAAUAUCGGGUCUCUCUCCGCUAGCAAGCUUUUCCCAAAGCUUUACAAGGGUGUGAACAACGGGGCUGUCUCUAGAGUCAGAUCCGACGAGUGUCUGCCUCUAUAUGAGCCUACACUUCAACUCGAGGUCUUGCUUCCAUCGCCACCUAUCAUAACCCCGGGACGUCCAACCCUAAUACAAUUGAUCCUGCAUACUCCACCAGAGCUUGUUGCCGGCGAGAACAUCUACAUCCGCAGCGUCGAAGCGCAGUUGGAGAGCUGUAUAGAAGCCAAAGUCGGACUGGUCACAAAGACUGUGACCGAGACACAGCGCGGUUGGAACCUACAAGGUCUGUUUUGUGUUAACAGAGAACACUUUGACCUGAAUCUGGGGGCGUGGGGACAAUACCUUACCAUGGAUGCUUUGCCAACAUGCAAAUCGUGCGUGCUGGACACGACACAUUCGCUUCACAUCUCAGCGGGGAUAUGUAUAGGUGGAAGCGAGAAGACUCAGAUUGUUGAGACAUCGCUUGAAGUCAUCAUCAUCGGCGCACCACCCAGCUAUACUACAAACCCAUCGGUAUACGUUUAG